AUGUCGUCGAUCAAAAAGUACCUUAAAUCUGCCAAGGCAUCUAUAGAAUCAAAUGAUCCCGAGUCGGCUCUAAAUUUUGCCAACGACGCUUUGGAAGAAGAUCCAAAUUGUUAUUUUGCAUAUGUAUUUCAAGGAAAAGCGUAUCAAUUGCUACGAGAUAUUCCCAAUGCAGUCAAAGCAUUUCAGAAAGCAACGGAAAUUGAACCAAAUAAUCUAUUGGCCUGGAAAGGAUAUUUCCAAGUUCUUAAAGUGUCUGAAGACUACAAGUUGUUUUUUCAAGUUUUGACCAACUUGGUGAGACUUUUAACAGAUCAAGGGGUUUCGAUAGCCGAACAAUUGAAGGAUAUGAGAAACUAUUUGGAUCACCAGAAAUACAAGAGUAACGAUAAUUUAUAUGAAUUUUAUUUGAGGUCGAUAUUACCAGGAUCUGAAUUAGGGGGUUUGAUUGGAACAGCCAUUGAAGCCACUGAUGUCACUGUCAAAAAAUUGUUGGAUUUUAAAAUUAGUCAAACAGAAAAAGCUGUUGUAAACAGAGUUUCGAAAGAAAGAGUGAAAUUUGGUAGAACUAUAACUACUGAUCAGAAGGCAAAACUUGAUAAUAUUGCUUGGUCUUAUUAUCAGAACGGCGAUAUCCUCCAGUUGUAUGAAAUGUUUCUCAAUGUCUGUGACGAUGAAGAGUUGAGACAUAAAUACGAAGAGAAAUUGUUAAAGUUCAAAUACGAACUCUUGAAAAUAUGCCCUGAUAAACAGGCAAUGCAUCAAGAUAUUAAAAAUCAAAUGGAAGAUAUGAUUCUUAUCAAUACUAAAAGUUUGUUUUGUUGGAAUUUGUAUUUCGAUUGGUGCGAUGCAAAGACAAUCAAUGAUCUUGAUGAAAAUAAAGUAAUCUCUUACUUGCAAACUUUCCAAAAUGAAGGUUUGGGGUUGAUUUUGUUUGCUUAUGUUAUGAGUGAUAUUUCGCCAUUCAAUAAAGAAAAAGUGGUGAAAAGUCUAUCUGCAUGCGACAUUAACAAACGGAAGUCCGAUUCAUCACAAUUAAAUCCUGAAGAUGAUAAGGAUGCAGAACUCUUAGAAGAGCUUGCAGAUGAUGUCAAUUUGGAAAAUGAUACUACAUCCCAAUAUUACUUACCUCAAGAUGAAGUUUUGGGUUUGAUUUUAGAAGGUCAUAGCAAAGCAAAGAAUUCUGUGUUGGCGAGUAGAAUCAUUGUUAAUUACUACAUUUAUUUAAGAGAAUACAAUUUGGCCUCGGAGAAAUGUCGUGAUGGUAUCAAAGCUUUAGCUGACAUUCAACGAACUUUUGGAAUAGAUUUAGCGAAUACAAAGGAGGAUUUUUUGUGUUCACUUGCAAUUGUGUACACUUAUUAUGAAGCUCCCAAAAAUUAUAACCGUGCAGUUCAACUUUAUGAGAAAAUUUUAGAGUCAAACCCAGAUAAUGUUAAAGCACAAGUGGGUAAAGGAUUGAUAUAUGUCGAGAGAGGGGAAUUAGAGGAAGCCAGAAGUAUUUUGGGUGCCGUUGUAAAGAAAUAUCCUACGAAUAUUGAGGCUCAGUCAGAGUAUUAUUGGUGUCUAGUCAAAUUGGGAGAAUACUCUCAAGGAAGAAAAGGGUUGGAGAGCUUUUUGAGUAAAAUUACUGGUGGUGAUUUACACGGUCGUGAAACUAGAGCUGUUGCUCAUUGGAGAAUUGCAAAAAGUUAUUUUUUGGAGAAUGCUAAAAAUGACGACAAUAUCAAAGAAUGUUACAAUAAUUUAAUUAAAUCACUUAAAGAUUCCGAUUUGUAUGCUCCUUCUUACACCUUGUUAGGUAUUUUAUUUCAAGACUAUUAUGGCGAUACUGAAAGAGCACAGAAGUGUUUUUACAAAGCGUUUGAUCUAGACGCAAAUGAGAUUGUUGCAGCAAGGUACUUGGUCCAACAGGCGUCUCUGAAGAACGAGUGGGAAGUUGCACAAGUAUUAGCCAAAAGAGUUGUAAGCAACGAAAGUUCAAGAAGAUUGAUAAUGCGCGGUGAUGUGGAUACAGAUAAAGCAUGGCCAUAUCGUGUACUAGGUAGUGGUGCCUUAAAUACGCAAGAUGAUGCAAAAGCUGUCGAAUGGUUUCAAAACGCCCUUCGUUUGGAUUCUAAUGAUUUUGACUGUUGGGUCGGAUUAGGCGAAGCCUACUACCAUUGCGGACGGUUCGAUGCUGCGGCUAAAGUUUUCCGUCAUGCAUUGACUUUGAAAAAUAAUGAUUGGAUAGUCAAAUAUAUGUUAGGAGUUGUCACAUGCGAAAUGAAAGAAUAUAAUGAAGGGUUGAGCAGUUUAUACGAGGCCUUAGAGAUGCAGCCCAAUGAAGAAUGUAUUCUUAGUGCAAUUUAUGAAGCUAACAUACAAAAUUGUCAACGCUUUAUUCAAUCUGGAUUUUUCGGAAGAGCAAUUAAUGCGAAUUUAAAAGCAUUGUCUUUUAUAAAGCAAUCUCUCUCUCGGAAUUCAACCUCACAAAAGGCAUGGAAGUCGUUAGGUGAGGUGUUGAAAGUGUUUACUAAAAUUCAACAGAACAUCGAUCAAGUUCCAUUUACCGAAGUUUUUGAUAUUUUCAAAAGUUCAGGAUAUAAUGAAGCUGUAUCUGCGGUUGCUGAUAUCGGUCUUGAUGAUUCCAUUAAUUUGAAAAAUGCUCAAGAAUGGUAUACCCGAGGUGAAAAGGUUCAGUCUUUGUUUGUAUUGAUAAUUAUUGCUGCUGUGGCCGGAGUAAAAUCUUUAUCAUUGAAAGCUAACAAGUUGUUGCGUGCAACUGCAUACUAUAAUUUGGGUUUGGCAUUAUUAGAGGCUUUCCAGAAUGAUGACCAAAUGGUGGUUUACAGGGAUACCUCGAUCUUGUUUUUUAAAAAAUCUAUUCAACUUGAACAAAAUAAUGCCAAUUAUUGGAUUGCUUUAGGUAAUGCUUAUUUCACUUCUAAUCCACAAAUAUCACAACAUUGUUAUAUCAAGGCUACUACUUUGGAAGUGAAAGAUGCCGAAAUUUGGGUAAACUUGGCGUCAUUAUUUUUAAGAUAUGGAGACACUGAAUUGUCUAAGGAUACAUUUUUAAGAGCUCAAUCGGUGGCCCCUCAAGACGCUCAAUCCUGGUUAGGGCAUGCAGUUGCUGCAGAUAUAUUGGGUGAGGAAAACAAGGCAUCGGGUUAUUAUGUUCAUGCAUUCACGUUGUCUAAAGGUCGUUUGGCCUUGGCACAAUUUCUUUAUGGAUUAUCAGUGGUAAAUAAAAGUCAAGGUCGUGAUCCUAGAGAUAUUGAAACUGCUCAGGAAUUUAGUAUUAGUAAUCAAGCAAUGCAACAAUAUCUCAAGUAUUAUCCUGAUGAUGAGGCUGGAUUAAGUAUUGCGUUGUCAAUUGCUGAACGAUGUAAAGAUUUUGAGCUGGCAGUUGAUUUGGGCACGAAACUAAGUGAUCUUUACGAGAAACAAUAUGAGGCAAAUGAAAGUGAAAUUAUUUUACAAAAAUUUGCAACAGUGAAAUCUCAAUUAGCUAGAGUACAUUUGGGUUUGGGUGAUUAUGAACAAGCUUUAGAUAAUGCACAAAUGGCAUUACAAUUGAAUGAAACUUCAGAGAUAUUACUAUCAUCGAAGAUUACUAUGGGACUUGCUUAUUUUUUCCUAAAUGAUUUUCUGAACGCUUUAGAGGAAUUGAAGGCUGUUCUUGGGGAGUAUAGUGACUCUUCCAGAAUUAUUAGUUUAAUUGCUCAAGUCUUGCAUGCACAUGGCACUGAGGAGACUAAGCAAGCUGCUGUUGAUCAAUUGUUUGCCUUUAUAGAAGAAUAUGGAUCGUCUUUAUUAGUCGUUCUCACUUUGGGUGCUAUUUCUCUUGUGGAUCAAUUGGAUGAGUAUUUACCUGCAAUAAAGGAAGAGUUAUCGUCUCUUGGACUAAAUGAAAUUGUUUGUGAUACCCACAGAGAGGUUCCUAGAUUAUUGAAUGAAAUAAAUGCUAGACUUGAUAAUGGUGAUAAUGAAAAUGCUUGGCUUAGAUAUGCGUUUUUGUUCCCUUUUGAUUAUAAUAUUUGGAAGAACAUUAAUCAUACAAUGGCUAAAGAAGUGAUUAAUUUGCAUGAUGUUAAGGUUAAUGGGGUGCAAUAUUCCGAUGCGUUAUUACAGACGGGUCAAUUGAGAGAUAUUCAGCGUAGCUUAUUAUUUAAUCCUGGUAAUAAUGAAGCUAUAAAGGCAUUAAAUGGGUGUUUAUGA